GUAUCAACGAUGAACCAGUCGAAGAAGAGCAGUGAGACGACUACCGAAAUGGCGAUCAUCAGAUAAAUCGUGUAGCCGAAGAAGAAGAAGAAGAAGAAGAAGAAGGUUGUUAGAAGGAAGAUGGUGCUCUGGGAGAUAACUCUGGGAACAGCCUACUUCUUGGGACUGAGACGGACUUAUAGGCUCGCCUUGAAGAUCCAGCGUCGGCUUGUUACUCCAAAACAUCCCAAAAUCCGUCAGUUUCUUCAUCGGAGGACUCGUAAAAUCUUCGAUGUGGCAGUUUCGGUUCACAAGAACAUACAAGAGAGAGACAUAGAAGUUGGUAGGAAUCUUGGAAACUGGAUUCUCCGUUGGCUAGACCGGAUGAAACCAGCAGCUCAGAUCCGUACUCGGCCAGAACUACCACAUAACACCAACUCGAAUUUGGACAAGGCAAAAAGAUUAACGGAAAUGUCCCGUCCCAAAUCGCACACAAACACGACGCAGACUCCUCAAAACCGUGAAUCCGAUAGGCACUUGUUCUCCUCAUUGAGACACUUCCGGCACAAUCCAUUCUCGUCUGUCUCUAUGAUGAUCCAACCGCCGAGACCCAGUGGAACUUCAACUCAGUACAGACACUACAGUGGCAAUCUAGCCGCAAGUCUAAUUCAGCCGAGCUAUGUUAGAGGCGGCGGGUUUGACGGUGUGAUCAGGAAAGACAUUUUGCAGUGGAUGGCACAGAGAUGAAAGACUAAGCAGCAAAAACCCAUAAAAGAGGCUAAUCGUUUUUGACAUAAUUGUGCCUUUUAUUUUCAGAAACUGAUGUGAUUGUGGAUAGAAGAAUCAGAAGAAGUAUGUAGAAAACAUGACAAAUGUCUUAUGUUCUUUCUAACGCUUGAAUAAUAAAGUUUCGUAGACAUUGAGAUUAUAAUUAA